AUGCGGGGCUCUCUACUCUGGGUUACUCUGGGGGUACUGGGGGUCCUGGAAAGAGGGGGGCACACCAACCAAAACCCCCACCAGCCCUUUCAGGUCACCUGGAUCUUAAAAAAUGGAGAGACCUACGAAGAGCUAAACUGGACCACAGCCACCCAACCGAAAGAUAAGUGGUGGCCUGACCUAUACUUUCACCUCCAACAGCUAACCGAGACCUCAUGGGCCCGGGCAUAUCUCAGAAAGGUCGGGUUUUAUGCCUGCCCGGGACAUCAGCGGGAAAACAUAAAGACCUGUGGGGGAAUGGUGAGCCGCUACUGUAAAUCCUGGGACUGUGUCACUUCCAACGAUGGGUACUGGAAAUGGUCGGUGACCAAGCCAGACCUGAUCAAUAUGUCCUUCGUAAAUCCCAUCACCGAGGACAUGUGGAACCACAGAUUCACAAAGUACUGCCCCGACUGUUAUUGCACCUCCCCACCCCUCACCACGGGGACAAACGCCACCAAUGUUGUGACCUCGCCUACCCUCACCCCCUCCCUUCAGCUGACCCGGACUGACCCACCAGAGACCCAGGAACCCCUGUGGGCCUUGGUCAAAGAAACCUACGAGGCCCUCAACCACUCCAAUCCUAACGCGACCCAAUCCUGCUGGCUUUGCUACACCCUACGUCCACCUUACUACGAGGCCGUGGGCUUAAAUGCUACCUACAACUUGUCCAUUCUCUCCAACCCACUGCAGUGCUCUUGGGGAGACCGCAAGGUGGGCCUUACCCUGCAAGAAGUAUGGGGUUCGGGGACCUGCUUAGGCAUGGUCCCUACAGAUAAACAAACCUUGUGCGCCCAGACUGACGAUGAUACCAAUUUCACCAAUAAGACUUAUGUCAUACCCGAAACCGGGGGGUGGUGGGUGUGCUCACAGACUGGGCUAACGCCCUGUCUCCACUUGGCUGUCUUCAACCAGAGCAGGGAAUUCUGUGUCAUGGUAGUGGUGGUGCCCAAGAUUACAUACCAUCCAGAAGAGGUCCUCUACAACUUUUGGGACCGAGACACCCCAGCUCCUAGAUAUAAGAGGGAGCCUGUUACAGCUAUUACUCUGGCAAUGCUGUUCGCCCUGGGAGCAGCUGGGACGGGCACGGGCAUUGCUUCCCUGACCACACAACAGCAGGGCCUGAUCACCCUGAGGGCCGCAAUUGACGAAGACAUCGCCCGCAUAGAGAAGUCCAUGAUGGCCCUAGAAAAGUCCCUGACUUCCCUUUCCGAAGUGGUGUUACAAAACCGCAGAGGACUAGACCUGGUCUUUUUGCAGCAGGGGGGCCUCUGUGCAGCCCUCAGAGAAGAAUGCUGUUUCUACGCUGAUCAUACUGGGGUGGUUCGAGAGUCCAUGGCUAAAGUAAGAGAGGGAUUAGAACGCAGGAAGAGAGAGAGGGAGGCCCAGCAGGGCUGGUUUGAGUCCUGGUUCCAGAGCUCCCCUUGGCUGACAACUUUGCUAUCCUCCCUAAUGGGACCACUCAUCAUUCUCCUGCUGCUCCUGACUUUCGGGCCCUGUAUCCUAAAUAAGCUUUUGGCCUUUAUCAAACAACGGCUCAACACGGUCCAGCUGAUGGUGCUCCGACAGCAGUACCAAGGGCUUCCAACAAGCACUCCGUGA